CCGGAUCGUCCACUCGACCGCGAGGCAUUCGGGCGUGCGAGUGUCCCGCGUUUCUUCUGCGUCUCGUGCGAGGGGACUCGGCGUUUCGUGCGUGCGAUGCAUCGCUUCUUGCGGUAUCGAGCCGUCCGGCGAACGAUUCAACGUCUUCUGCGUCGGUGAAAAUUUCAUUGCCCUCGUUUGGUCGUUCCGUGCCGCCGAGGUCGGUUCCGGUUUCUCCAUCGACCCGAAUGGGGAAAAUCACAGUCGACCUCGUUUUGCCGAUUCCGGAGACGAUGGAAUCCUUUCGAACCGCCAGAGACACCUCGUGUUGUCGAUAGUGCUGAUAUCUCGUCGCGGUGACAGAGCUCAGCCAGGCGUAGUUCUCGUUCGAGUGCGUCCAGAAAUGCAUAAAAUCGUUCCGUUCCGUUUUUCGGCGAUGUCGUAUGAGUCUCCUUUCGUGGAAGACCGACGACCGUUCGUCACGACGUCAGCACCUGCAAUCGAUCCCACCCGUUCCUGGGAUUUCGCAUCCCGCGAUGAGCAAUCCCCGGAACUCGAUUAUUGAAACCGCAGAACGCUCGCCGGAUGUCACGCGAUCGCCGCGACUACCUUGACCCGAAUGCAAGCGGAAAAUCGAUUAAUUGUGGGUUUCUCCUCCUUUUUUACCCCCGCUCUCCCCCUCGGGAGCCCAGAUCCACCCAGGAUGAAGCAGCUCUCGUGUCUGUUGCUGCUGCUGGGCCUCUCCCGCGCCCAACAAGACAAGAUCCCCACCCCCCUCCUCGGCCCCCAAACCCCCCUCCUCGGCUCCCCCUCCCUCCUCACCGGGACCCCCACCCCCCUCCUCGGUCCCCCCCAGGCCGCUGAUUACGGCUGCGCCCUUCCCUUCGCCUGCGUCCCGUUCUAUCUCUGCUCCGAGGGCAACAUCGUCACCGAUGGAGAGGGCAUCAUCGAUGUCCGAUUCGGCCCCGGAAAGGAUUCGAGCGGCCCGCCGCAAUUGGUGGGCGGGAACUGCCCGAAUUUCCUAGACGUGUGCUGCCGCGACCCGAACGCGAAGCCUCCGCCGACGCCGAAGCCCCCGCCGUACGUGCCCAGAUGCGGGAUUAGGAACAACCUGGGGAUCGACGUGCGCAUCACGUUCAACGCGUCGCACGACAAGCACAAGUACGACCACGAGGCGCAGUAUGGGGAGUUUCCGUGGAUGGGGGUGGUUCUCACUGCGAAGCCGGAUGCACCCGAGAAGGAUCUCUAUCAGUGUGGUGCCUCUCUCGUUCACCCUCAGGUCGUGCUCACUGCUGCUCACUGCGUCGAUAAGUUUGCCGAGCUUUUCUCUCGUAGAGAAUUCCCGGCCCAGAACGGGCUGAAGGUCCGGCUUGGAGAAUGGGAUACGACCAACGACUACGAGCCCUAUCCUCACCAAGACAGAUUCGUGGAGAAGGUGAUCAUGCACUCGGAUUACCGCAAGGGGCCCCUCUACAACGACAUUGCUCUCCUCUUCAUGAACCACCCAUACGAUCUUUCCCCCCACGUCGACACCAUCUGUCUGCCCGAACCGGGUUACUCGCGUCCGUGGGGCAACACCUGCGUUUCCACCGGGUUCGGCAAGAAUUCCUUCGGGAAAGAGGGCCAAUACCAGGUGAUUCUGAAGAAGGUGGAAUUGCCUCUGGUCGAACGGAUCGAAUGCGAGAAGAGACUUCAAAACACCAAGCUUGGCCAAUGGUUCCGACUUCAUUGGAGUUUUCUCUGUGCUGGCGGCGUCGCGGGAGAAGAUACUUGCAGGGGUGAUGGAGGAGGUCCAUUGGUGUGCUAUGAUCCCAACAAGGGAUCCUGGUUUCAAGCAGGAAUCGUGGCCUGGGGAAUUGGGUGUGGGAAUGCCAUCCCUGGGAUUUACGUGGAUGUUGCUCAUUUCGCUCCCUGGAUUGACGAGCAGAUCACCAGAUAUUACCAUCUGUCCAAGCCCUAUUGGGGAUUCGACUUACGCCAGAAUGCACCUGGACAAGGCCUUCCAGUUCCUGCAACAAAUCCUGCAGUUCCUGCACCAAAUCCUACAGUUCCUGCACCAAUUGCUACAGUUCCGGCAUUAAAUCCUGCAGUUCCUGCAUCGAAUCCUGCAGUUCCUGCGUCAAAUCCUGCAGUCCCUGCACAAGUACCCCAGAAUCCUCCUCCCCCACCUCCUCAAAACCCAGCGGCACCAAAUGGUCCUGGAGCUGACGCAGGGAUUGGGACACUGUAAACAUUUGUAUGAUAGAUGCUGCGAAUCGAAUCAAUAAAAAUAAAGUCUUGUAUUCUAUCAUUGCAAAUAAAUGUGUGGCUGUAAUUGUGAGCCAGCUUUACACAUUUGCAAA